AUGGCUCCGCCCCCAGACAACCGUAGCGACGAUGAGUGGCGCGCCGUGCUGAGUCCAGAGCAAUUCCGCAUUCUCCGCCAGAAAGGCACAGAACGGCCUGGCACAGGUGAAUACGACUCCCACUACCCUUCUCAGGGUGUCUAUACCUGCGCGGGCUGCAACGCACCUCUCUACAAGGCAGACCACAAAUUCAAGUCUGGUUGUGGAUGGCCUGCGUACUUUGAUUCCAUCCCGGGGGCUGUGGCAAGACAUACAGAUAGCUCGUUCGGGAUGGAGAGGACGGAGAUUACUUGUACGAACUGCGGGGGCCAUUUAGGCCACGUCUUCAAGGGCGAGGGGUAUCCGACUCCGACUGAUGAGAGGCAUUGUGUGAACAGUAUUAGUUUGAAGUUUACGGAAGGGGAGGGAGGCAGUGCGAAGGCCAAGGCGUGA